AUGUGUUCCUCUAAACCAAAAUUGCAAAGAACCACUAGUGUUCCUCCAUCAACACCUAAGAUGAAUCGGCGUCCGGUUCUCCAGCCAACUGGCAAUCAAUUUCCAAGCUUGGAACAAAGGAAGUCUCUUAAAAAGAGCUCCCAAGAACCUCUUGCUCCAACUCCUCUGCCUUCACCUCUACCAAGUGCUAAAACUAAGGCCUCUCUUUCUCCUCCCAUCUCUCCCAAGUUGCCUUCACCUAGACCACCUGCAUUCAAGAGAGGAAAAGAUCCAAAUGAGCUGAAUUCUAGUGCUGAGAAGGUUGUGACACCUCGGUGCACAACCAAGUUUACAAGUUCUGUGAAAAAGUCAAAGAAGUCUAGUGGCUCUGUAGCUGCUGCACCUUCUGCUGAAAGUAUAUUGAAAAAUAUAUCCUCUUUGAUAGUGGAGGCACCAGGAAGCAUAGCAGCUGCAAGGAGGGAGCAAGUUGCAACAAUGCAAGAACAACGAAAGAUGCGAAUUGCCCAUUAUGGAAGAACCAAGUCUGCCAAAAAUGAAGGGAAAGUGAUUCCUCUUGAUGCUUCAGCUACAACUGAUUUUGGUAGAGACCAAAGGCGGUGUACUUUUAUCACACCUAACUCAGACCCUAUAUAUGUUGCUUACCAUGAUGAAGAAUGGGGAGUUCCUGUCCAUGAUGACAAUCUGUUGCUUGAAUUGCUGGUGUUAACUGGUGCUCAAGUUGGAUCAGAUUGGACUUCAGUCCUGAGGAAAAGGCAAGCUUUGAGGGAGUCCUUUUCAGGAUUUGAUGCAGAUGUUGUGGCUAAAUUUAGUGAAAGAAAGAUAACGUCAGUGAGUUCUGAUUCUGGUAUAGAUAUAAGCCUUGUUCGAGGAGCUGUUGACAAUGCUAAACGAAUUCUUCAGAUAAAGAGGGAAGUUGGAUCAUUUGACAAGUACUUGUGGGGAUUUGUGAAUCACAAGCCUGUAUCUACCCAAUACAAGUCAUGCCACAAGAUCCCUGUGAAGAACUCCAAGUCAGAGAGCAUAAGCAAAGACAUGGUUAGAAGGGGUUUUAGGCUUGUUGGUCCCACAGUCAUUCACUCAUUCAUGCAAGCAGCUGGCCUCACAAAUGACCACUUGAUCACCUGCCCACGGCACCUCCAAUGUGCAGCUUCUGCAGCCCCUGCUGCUUUAUAA